AACAAAACCGCCCUAAGUUCGUCUUCUCCGCGCUGCUACUGUACUCCCCUUUCCUCUGCUUCUCCCCUUUACUCGAUUAUUUCUGUCUUUAUUUUGAAGCUCGAAUUUGACGCCCUAGGUCGUCUUCUCCACGCUGCUACAUCACUUCUCCAGCACACAGCCACACGCGAUUUUUUGGGGUAUUGUUUAGGAUUGAGCUGUUAAAGUUGGCGAAGAAAAGAUGGUGGAGGAAACUCAACAGCCGCCACAAUCAAUGGUGCAUAAAAGGAAAAAACAGCCCAAGAAACCUCCUGCUUGUAAGAUAAUGAAAAGGGGUCCGGGAACGGAUAAGAAGAAGGCCAAAACGAGUCUGAAAAUGAAACAAUUAUAUCGUAAAAGGGCGAGGGAAUAUAAUUCAGAUGAUGAUGAGGAUGAGUCAGCUGCUGAAAGUGAUGGUGAAGAUGUAGAGGCUGAGAGAGACGGAAUUUCUGAAAACAGUGAUGACGAGGCAGACCCUAUUAGAGGAGAAGAUUCAGAUGAAGAACGUGAAGUUCGCACUGGAAUCACAAAGUUUGCAGAAGGCUGUAAUGCUUUCAGGGCGGCAUUUCUCAGUAUCAUGAAAAAGCAGAUUGAUGAUGAGACACUGGGUCCAGUGUUAUCUGCACAUAAGAAGCUUGUUGUAGCAAAGCUUGCAGAAGAAGUCACUGAACGGAAGGUUAAAGGCGAAGCAAAGAAGGAAAAGCAUUUGAUUGAGGAAAAGGGACAUGUGCAGCCUGCAAAUUUCUUAGAUUCACAUGAUAAGUUUCUUAUAAGUCUUGCCACAAAAGGAGUCGUCAAGUUGUUUAAUGCUGUUAAUAAGGCCCAAAAUGCUCAGAAAGGGUUGAAUCCUUCAAGUUUUAAAGACGCCAAAGCUUUGACGAAGCGGAGAAAAGAGGCAUUCAUGAAUGAAUUGAGCAAGGCUUCUGCACAAUCAGCUCAGGGUACAACCAAGGCAUCUGUCUCUAGAGGUGAGGAAGACAGUGUCCAACCUGCAUGGGCUCCAUUACGUGACACUUACAUGUUGACAAAUUCUAAAUUGAAGGACUGGGAUAAGAUGGCAGUGGAUGAGGAAACAGACAUCUGACCAAAAUGAUUAUCGAGACAUCUGAAGCUGUAUGCUUGGUUGGAAAGUUUCUCGUUCAUCAACAUUAUUUGUGCACGAGUCAGUUAUGUAUUGCAUUUUCCCUACGGCCUACCUAAUCAAAAUGACAGUCUCCUCUACAUGGCGCUCACCUUGUUAUAUACACAAAAUUAAGCUGUAGCAAAACUUUGAUGGUUUUCUAAUGAUAUGCCGAUGCUUGGCUAAUCAUGAUCACCAGCAGUCGUGGUCUGUAGCUGUGUACAUCUCUUUUCUUGACAGUUUAGUUUUACUAGAGUAUUUGAUCCAGCUAGAUGAGUUCAUUAAUAACUCUUUUUUUCAUACAUUACAUCAUAUUUGUUCAAUAUAUGAUCGAAUUGCCGUUUCUCUUU